AUGGCAAACAUCUCCAAGGUGACGGAAAUCCUCCUCCUGGGUUUCUCGGUGGUCCAGGAGCUGCAGCUGGUCCACACCGCGCUGUUCCUGCUGAUCUACCUGCCGUCGCCAUCACAGCCUUUGACCGGGGCCUCCACACCCCCAUGUACCUCUUCCUCAGGUACCUGUCCUUCACUGAUCUGCGUCCCUAAAUCCAUCCUCAACUCCCUGACGUACCGUAGAGAAAUAUCCCUCCUGAGUUGUGGUACCCAGCUCUUCUUUGCUGUUUCAGAGCUGUCCCUCCUCACGACGAUGUGCUAUGACCGCUACGCCCCCAUCUUCCCCCGUCUGCGCUACGACCUCAUCAUGGACCGAGGGACCUGUGGGAAGUUGGUGGUCGCCACCGAGGGGCCUGGGAGAAGUUGGUGGCCGCCUCCUGGCUCAGCGCGGGGCUCUUCGGGCGAUGUAUUUAGCCGGAACGUUCACAUUAAGCUUCUCGUGGCUAUGGGUAUCAGCUUCAGUUUCAUCUCCUUCGUCUCCAUCGUCGUAUCCUACAUGCGCUUCUUCUCGGCCGUGCUGAGGUUCACGUCCAACGAGAGUCGGGCCAAAGCCUUCUUCACCUGCGUGCCGCACCUCACCGUCGUCACCCUUUUUGUCUCGACUGGAUCCUUGGCUUACCUAAAGCCUGUCUCAGACUCCCCCUCGACGCUGGACCUGCUGGUAUCCGUCUUCUACUUUGUGGUGCCCCCGCCCUGA